AUGACCGAGCAACAGGAGAAGAAUCUUCGUCAGAUCGGUAAAGAUUUCAGCGUCGUAGAAUCGAGCUAUAAAAAGGCCCUUUCAGUGUUCCUCGGACCCGCGCGGUUUGUCAACCAUGACUGCCAGCCAAAUGCCCGUCUAGUGACUAGGGACAAUCGACAGAUGUCUGUGGUUGCAAUGCGUCAUAUUCGCGAGGGUGACGAGAUUACAGUAUUCUACAGUGAUGACUAUUUCGGCGACAACAACUGCGAUUGUUUGUGUCUGACAUGCGAAAAGAGGAGUCGCCUAAGAGGAAAAAAGGUUUCGUCCUAG